AUGCUUAUAGCCGCCACCACCUCCUGUGGCAGUGAAUUCCAUAUGUUAAUCACCCUUUGGGUGAAGAAGUACUUCCUUCUAUCCAUUUUAAUCUGACUGCUCGGCAAUUUCAUUGAAUGCCCACUAGUUCUUGUAUUGUGAGAAAGGGAGAAAAGGACUUCUUUCUCUACUUUCUCCACCCCAUGCCUAAUCUUGUCAACCUCUCUCACGUCACCCCACAGUCGACAUUUCUCCAAGCUAAAGAGCCCCAAGCGUUUGAACCUUUCUUCAUAGGGAAAGUGUUCCAAACCUCUUCCAAAUCUCUUCCAAAAUCUUCAGGCAUUUCCCAACUCAAAACUCAGGGAUCCUAGCCAAAACAACCCAGUUUGAAAGAAAGAAAACACCUGAAAAUUUGUUCUUAGAAGAGCCUUCUUUCAAGUCAAAUGCAUUCAAUUGUCUGCAGCUGGAGACACAGCGGUUCUGCCUUCAGAGGCAAUUCCCCCUUUCCCCUCUACAAUCACUGGAUUCUCUUAUUUGCUGGUCUUUUGCAUGUCCCUUGGUUGUAUCCUGAGGCAGAGAAGCGAGUCAUGGAUGGAGAUUUCUUCCUGGAAAGCUACUUUGAGCAGUGCACUAACCAGGACGAUCUGGUCUCAAGCAGCCCGCCGACGUUCUCUCCCUUGAGUCCUUUUGCGACAGACCUGCCCCUCCCCUCCAUCCCGGACACGUCAUUUGAUGGUCCGUCCGACUUGACCAAAGACUUCUCGACUAGCUACUCUUCGGUGGACCUCAGCUUCCUCCCGGACGACCUCGGUCAGGAUCAGAGGCACGACGACGACAGCAGGCUGCUGGGAGAGGAGUCCGACUCUCCGUCGGUGGCACAAGACAGUAGCGUGGUCUUGGAAGAUGGCGACCUGCGCCAACAAGGGAAGGAACAGGCAGCCCAGCCAUUGCCCGACGCCUCUGGGCUCUGUCCCCCCUUGACACCGAUGACCCCCAUGACCUCCGCUUCAGAAAGUUCAGGCAUCGUCCCACAGUUACAGAAUAUUGUGGCGACCGUGAACUUGGCUUGCAAGCUGGAUCUCAAAAACAUUGCCCUUCACGCCAGAAAUGCCGAAUAUAACCCAAAGAGGUUUGCUGCUGUGAUCAUGAGAAUCAGAGAACCGAGAACGACGGCCCUGAUAUUCAGUUCUGGCAAAAUGGUGUGCACGGGGGCAAAAAGUGAAGAGCAGUCCAGGCUGGCUGCCAGGAAGUACGCCCGGGUGGUCCAGAAACUGGGCUUCCCAGCAAAAUUCCUGGACUUCAAAAUACAGAACAUGGUGGGCAGCUGUGAUGUGAGGUUCCCCAUCCGGCUGGAAGGCUUGGUCCUGACUCAUCAGCAGUUCAGUAGCUAUGAGCCAGAGUUGUUUCCCGGCCUUAUAUACAGAAUGGUCAAGCCAAGAAUUGUGCUGCUUAUCUUUGUCUCUGGAAAAGUCGUGUUAACUGGUGCCAAAGACCGGUCAGAGAUAUAUGAAGCCUUUGAAAAUAUAUAUCCCAUUCUGAAGGGUUUCAAGAAAGCCUCAUAAUUUCUGUAGUACUGAUAGGCUCGUGCGUGUUUUAUAAGGUCUUAAGGACUCGUUUAGGUUUUGUAAUACUUCCCCGGAGGUUUAAAAAUUAUUAUUUUUUGGUUAGUCAAAAAUUCUAGAAUGUAAAAUAAAUAUAAUUAAAAGUCCUA